AUGGCGACGGCGGCGCCGGGGCAGCUCAACCUCGACGACUACCCGUCGUGGGGCUCCCGCGGCGUCGACUGCUUCGAGAAGCUCGAGCAGAUCGGCGAGGGCACAUACGGGCAAGUGUUCAUGGCCAAGGAGACGGAGACCAAGGAGAUUGUCGCGCUCAAGAAGAUCCGCAUGGACAACGAGCGCGAGGGCUUCCCUAUCACGGCCAUCCGCGAGAUCAAAAUCCUCAAGAAGCUGCACCACCAGAACGUCAUCCAGCUCAAGGAGAUCGUGACAUCCCCAGGGCCGGACAGAGACGAGCAGGGGAAGCAAAUCGAUGGCAACAAGUACAAAGGGAGCAUUUACAUGGUCUUUGAGUACAUGGACCAUGACUUGACUGGGUUGGCUGAUAAGCCUGGGAUGCGCUUCACCAUUCCACAGAUUAAGUGCUACAUGAAGCAACUCCUCACGGGCCUUCACUAUUGCCAUAUCAAUCAAGUUCUGCAUCGUGAUAUUAAAGGAUCUAACCUCUUGAUAGACAAUGAGGGUAACUUAAAACUGGCUGAUUUUGGCCUAGCAAGAUCAUUUUCGAGUGAUCAUAACGCAAACCUCACUAACCGUGUGAUCACUCUGUGGUACAGACCUCCAGAGUUGCUGCUAGGAAGCACAAAAUAUGGGCCAGCGGUGGACAUGUGGUCGGUGGGUUGUAUUUUUGCAGAGCUUCUCAAUGGAAAGCCAAUACUGCCUGGAAAGAAUGAGCCAGACCAACUGACCAAAAUAUUCGAGCUUUGUGGUACCCCUGACGAAUUGAUUUGGCCGGGUGUGACAAAAAUGCCAUGGUAUAAUAAUUUGAAGCCUCCCCGCCAAUUGAAGAGGCAUGUUAAGGAUGCUUUUAAACAUUUUGAUUUUCAUGCUCUGGAUCUGCUGGAGAGGAUGUUAACAUUGGACCCGUCAAAGAGGAUAUCUGCAAAUGAAGCUCUUGAUUCUGAAUAUUUCUGGACUGAUCCCCUACCAUGUGAUCCUAAAAGCUUGCCAAAGUAUGAGGCUUCACAUGAAUAUCAGACAAAGAAAAGACGUCAACAGCAGCGGCAAGCUGAUGAUGCUGCUGCAAAGCGGCAAAAGACGCAUCAUCCUCAGCCUCCUCAUGCCCGUUUGCCCCCAAUCCAGCAAUCAGGCCAUCAAAUAAGGCCAGCCCAGCCUACCAACAACCCGCAUCCACCAAUGGCAUCUGGGUCAAAUCAUCACUAUGGAAAGCCCCGAGGGCCAGGAGGGCCAAACAGGUACCCACCGGGCGGGAACCAAGGUGGUGGAGGGUAUCCGAACCGUGGAGGGCAAGGUGGCGGCUAUGGGAGUGGCCCUUACCCCCCUCAACAAGGUCGAGGGCCUCCUCCGUACCCUGGCGGUGGCCCAAGGGGUGGCGGCAGCAGCGGUGGCUAUGGUGGUGCUCCAAACUUUCCACAAGCCGGUCCUUAUGGUCCUGGCGGCGGCCCAGGCCGGGGGCCAAAUUAUCCCCCACAAGCUGGCUCUCGAAACCAGCAGCAGCAGUAUGGAAACUGGCAAUAG